ACGCAGGCGAAGCGGGUCCAGCUCGAGCACAACAACCUCUCCGCGCUGCCGCGGGCCAUCGGGAGCCUGACGUUCAUGCUCAAGCUCGACGUGUCCCACAACAUGCUCGAGACGCUGCCCAAGGCCAUCGGCAAGUGCACGCGGCUCCGGGUCCUCUACGUCGACCACAACAAGCUCGAGGAGCUGCCCAAGGAGGUCGGCAACCUCUUCUUCCUCGAGGAGCUCAACGCCGAGUACAACCGAUUGAUCACGGUGCCGUCGACGCUCGGCGGUCUGGUCGCGCUCCAUAGCAUCCGCCUCAAGCACAACAAGCUCGAGAUGCUGCCCUACGAGAUCGGCGGCCUCGAGACGCUGGACGUCCUGGACUGCUCGGAGAACGACAAGCUCCACAUGGUCCCCGAGGAGCUC